UCUGUCAAGGAAUUAAAAAAUCCUAACUUGCAAUAUCAGAUUCCAAAAAUAAAUUAUUCGUCGCUCUGUACCUAUUGUUACUUACAAAUUGGUGUCUCAGAUAAUAAUACUACUCUAUAUCUUGAAUGUCAUGAGAAAAGUCGCCGCAGAUGUCCAGCUCGAGGAGUAAAGAAGAUUGAAUCACCCUUUGUUUUUUUAACAAGAAAUCACAACCAUAUUCGAAAUUAUGAUAUUGAAUUGAUUUAUAAUUUCAAACAUGAGUUGUAUUCUUCUGUAAUAUCUACUACACGUGAUUUACGUAUUCUUCGAAAUAAGUAUUAG